GUUGAAUUUGGCGAGCAGAAUGGUCCACAUACGGUGAGCCGUGUCUGAUCCCGUUAUGUCAUGCGACCUUGGGUCCUUCAUGUUCUGGAACAGCAUCGCGGCGACCCAUCCAUCGCGGAUAAGGUACUCGUCGGGGGAGGGGUUGUCCGAGUUGAGGGCCGUUCCAUACAGGCUUGCAACAUACCCGGUUGGGUUGUUAAUGGUGCCGUACAGGUCGACCAAUUCAUGCCAUCGACUGCGAGCUUCUGAUCGUCUGGAAGGAUGGGGGUGGAGGGAAGGUUCGAGGUCAUCGCUAUAGGGGUUCGAGCGUUUUUCUGUAGGAUCUAUGGAGCGCUGUGGUCUUCAAU